UUUAUUUUCCAAUUAGAACACUCUACCUCCAAAAGUGCUGCUUGUUGGAAAUACCAUGGGUUCCCAAGAAUCAACACAUUCCAUGCCUCCUUUAUCCGAAACCAUCAAACAAGUCCUUAAUUCGUGUCAUUAUGAUGAGUUUGGUAACACAACUGACCCAAGCCUCAAUGUGGAGGCUCUGUUCAUGGUUGUCUCUAACAUCAUGGAAGCCUCACUUAAGGUCUCAGAUCCAAACAUAAAGCUUGUUAAUGUUAACAAGGAGGCCAAGUCAAGUCUUCCCGGUUUCAAGUCACCCAUAGAACGGCUUCAGAAAAUUGCGUGUCAGAUGAGGAGUACAGUUGUUGAUAAGGACUAUUUGCAUGCACAAGAAACAGCAAAGGGGAUAAUCACAGAUCUGAAGGAAUAUCCAUGGCAUGCAAGAGCAGUGAUGGCACUCGCAGCAUUUGCUUUAGAUUAUGGGAACUUCCAUCUUCUUUCUCAGGUUAAAUUUGGCGACCAUCUUGGAACAUCCUUGGCUGCCUUGAAUGAUAUUCCAGCCAACAUUGUCAUUGACGAUGGACCCUUGAAGGAAACCAUUUCCAAAUACAACUGUCUGGUGAGGGACGUUUUCUUAACCGUCCAAUGUUUGGUUAAGUUGAUGGGAAUGUUGCAGCGAGAAGUUUAUGCUGAAUUUGAGGACAUGAAUCUCAUUUUGGAGAAUGCUAGGCACGAUUUCCCUGAACUUGUUUAUUGUGCUGUCUUUGCCACUGUUGUUUGCAGCAGUUCUUUUCACAUUGGCACUUAUAGUCGGGUCAGCAACAACACACCAUCCUUCAUUAGCGGAAAGAUUUCCCAUGUUCUUGCCAAAUUACAGGAUUACCUGGAGCAGAUAGAAGAGAAGAAAGGUGAGAUAGAUGAUUAUUUAAAACGUCUACGUGAGGCAUUCCAAACUCCUACAGGAAUUUUAGGAGUUUUGAAAAAUCUGUUAUUCCCCAGAGAUACGAAGAAGCACUACGUGUAUUUCGGCUCCACGAAAUCAAGGGUGAACAUCGAUGACACGUUCAAGAACAAGUGUGUGUUGCUGUUCAUUUCCGGACUGUUCGGCAUCGAAGAGGAGAUUAAGCUUUUGAAAGCAAUCGAAGACUAUUUGACAUCAGAUUCAAAAUUCGAAAAAUAUGGGAUGCGAAAGGAUGACUUCAAGAUCUUGUGGGUCCCAAUGGUUUCUUCUUCUUCUUCAGACAGUGAGAAGAUCAAGCAGAAACAAUUCAACGAUGUCGCAGAAAAACUUGUUAAAUGGUCGUAUGUGGUGGAUUAUUCCAUUGUUGGAACUGCAUGCAAGAAACUGAUCAGACAGAAGCUGGGGUACAUGAAUAAGCCUAUGGUUGUUGUGUUGAACCAACGAGGAAGAAGGACAAAUAACGAUGCUUUGCCCAUGUUAUCUGCAUGGGGAUGCCGUGCAUUCCCAUGGAGAACAGGUGAUGAUUUGAUUCUUGUUCAGAAUUGGAACUGGUUCUGGUCAAUAUUCAAGGAAUUCAAUCAACAACUAGCAAUUUCGAACGAGAAAGAUUGCAACAUUAUCUUCGGAUGCAUGGACGACGUGGACGCCAACAACUACGACGGUAGCUGGUUGAACAAAAUCAACGAUGAGUUGGAGAAAAUAAAAAAGGACAAGAUCAUAAGCUCAAGUGGUUUUGCUAUAAAAUUCCAUCAUCAUGGCAAGCAGCUGGCUGAGAAUGACUUCAAGUUUGCACAUAAGCUUUGGGCUUUUGUAGAGAAUGUGUUCGCCAGCUUGAAAAGUAUGAAGACAAUCAGCAAGGACGACUCCACCUUGGACCAUCUCAAGGAAUUCCUCAGCCUCCGGCGAGAAAAGUCCGGCUGGGUUAUCAUAAGCCGAGGGUCCAAGGUUAAAAUGGUUGGCUCUGGUGAGAGCGUGUGCAAAACUCUCAACAAGUUCGAGUCCUGGAAACACAAUAUCACUCAACAUGGCUUUGAUGGGGCUUUUGUGGAUUACUAUUUCAAUGAGUUUCCAACUCAAUCAAGUUGUCUCUGUUUGGAUCUAAAGACCUAUGUUCCCUUAGAAUGUGUGACAUGCCAAUCUGAGAUGGAGAUACAGGUAGUCAAAUACGUGUGCUGUCAUGGCAACCAUAGCCAUGCCAAAUCAGUUCACAGCCUUGCAUGAGUCCUUUAAGGAAACGUCGUCGUUUUCGCUGAUGGACCUGAUGCUCAGAUUUAUAGGAAGGAGGAGCUGUUGUCUUGAAUUAUGAGCUUGUUUAUGAGUACUGUGUCUUUAGUAAAGCCUUUCUAGUUUCUAUAGGGCUUAUGAUAAUAAUAAAUCCUUCAGGCUAUGAGUCUGUUUCAUUAUUGUAUGUGUGUCAGUGUGUGG